UAUCACGAGAACUCUGGUCUAGCUUCCGAGUGCAGCUGCUACUGCAGAGCAAGUGUGUGUUCGCGCACAGAGCUCGGAAAACAUAUUAUUUUUUUUUUAAUUUUGCACGACCUCUCGCUGUUACAACGACAGCAACGACGACGAAAUUCUAUAAAAAGUGGGCGUGAAAUCAAAGUCCGAUCAUAUUCGCGCGUGAAUUCAGCCGUGUGUGCGUGCAUUCGACGUGAUAUGCGAUGACUGCGGAGCUUUUGACCCCACGCGAGCUUGUCAGGUUAGUAACGAAUCACAGAAGUCGCGGUGCCAGAGGAAGAGGAAAACGAUAAAAGAUACUUGCAUCGGUCGGAGUUGAUGAUAAUGAUGACAGGGGACAAAGGAUAACUUCAAAGAAUGUGGAAACCUAAAUGUCCGAAAAUAAGUGACAUCUUUGGUCGACCCCAAAGCUUCGUAUUGAUACUUCUGCCUUUCAUUUUGAUCUUAACCCUGUAUUGGAUUACCGAUAACGAGCCGAAUUAUGAAAAAAUACAGUAUCUGUCUCUGCACGCACAAAAUGUGUCAAGCGAUGAAAUAGUCGAAGGAUAUCUUGUUUGGAAUCCAAAAUGCCACAUCGCUUCGAAAAAACCACUGGAUCCAUCGAUUAUAAAAUUUGUAAAAAGAGAAAAGUUUGUGAAAUGUUCAACGACACCUGCGUUGACAAGCGUCAAACGAAGUUCAAAUGGAAGUGUCUUCUUAGUUAUUGAUCCAAAAGUGGCGAAAAAUCAUAAAAAUCUAUCGUGCUGUUGGGCUCCCAUCAUUCGACCGUGCGAUACCUACAAGUAUGCCUUCGAUAAGGACUGCGAUUCAAAAUUCAGUCUCGGCGCCUGCGAGGAUUUCACGGACACGCUCGUCGUUCCCGGCUACGUCGACAGUCUCAGCGUGACCUGUCGAAAUGCGAAGCUCAAAAAGUCCCCGGAAGUCAAAGUCAAGGGAAAAGUCAAAGUGCCUAAACGCUCGAACAACGGCGUCGUCUACGAGAACGUCCACGCCGUGCUGAGUCUGGAUCGCGUCCAGGAUCGCCUGAACGAAACGCAUCAUCGGUAUCCUCGUCUAGGCUUCAACGAUGGCUUGACAACGACGACGAACAACAACAACAACAACAAGCGUCCGCUUAGCGUACUCAUGCUCGGAAUAGACAGCGUCUCACGGCUAAAUUUCCAUCGCACGAUGCUGCUUACGAAGGAGUUCUUCGACGAGCGGGGUUGGCUGGAAUUGCGAGGCUACAACAAGAUGGGUGACAACACCUUUCCCAAUUUGAUGGCUUUUCUCACGGGACAGAAUCAGACGACGGCGUACGCCCGAUGCAAGCCCAAGACCUCGUUCGGUCUGGACAAUUGCUCGAUGAUAUGGUACAAUUUUCGGGAUGCUGGAUAUGUCACGGCUUACGGAGAGGAUCACGCCUCCAUCAGUACUUUCAACUAUCUCAAGCUGGGAUUCGUCCAACCUCCGACGGACUAUUACAUGCGACCCUACAUCCUGGCAUCCGAAAAACGCCUGAAAACUGUCAAUCGUUUCAACAGCCGAUACUGCUCGGGUCCCGAGCUCGCCGUCGAUCGUAUCUUCGACUUCGGCGUCGAGUUCGCCAAAACGUUCUCCUCGACCUCGCCCACCACUCCCUACUUCGGCUUCUUCUGGACCAACAGCAUCAGCCACGAGUACAUGAACGGGCCGUCGGCCUACGACGCCCACUUCCUCGACAAGCUCCUGGACAUGGAGUCGGCGGGAGUGAUGAACGACACGAUGAUCGUCGCGCUGAGCGAUCACGGCAUGCGAUUCGGCGACAUCCGAGGCACGUUCGUCGGCUGGUACGAGGAGAGGCUGCCGUUCAUCUACCUGUGGCUGCCCGAGUGGUUCAGGCUCGGCAACCCCGAGGAGUACGCGGCAUUGAGGCAGAAUCAGAAUCGACUGACGUCGCCCUACGAUCUGUACGAGACGUUUCGGGAUAUCUUGGGGCGUGCCGGAGGACAGGCCGGGCCGAGCAGCGGCUGUCCCAAGUGCACGACGCUGUUCAGGCCGGUGCCGCACGUGAGAAGCUGCGCCGACGCCGGUAUAGCGCCGCACUGGUGCACCUGCACGAGUUUCAAACCCGCGGACCCGAAGGACAAGGUUGUGAUCGAGGGAGCGCAUCAGUUCGUCGAGCACAUAGAUGACCUCGUGAAGAAAUACAAGACGAAGAAGGGCAAGAGGAAGUGCGCCAAGAUGAGGCUGAAGCGAAUAAUCCGAGUGAGCGAGAUCGUGGACUUGGAGCGCGACGAGAGCGACAAGGACUAUCUGAAGCUGUUUUACCUGCUGGAGGUGAUGCCGGGCGGUGGCCAGUUCGAGACCACCAUCAAGUAUUACGAGCCCGGCAACUGGACGAUUCUGGACGAGCAAGUGAGCCGCAUCAAUCUGUACGGGCACAGCGCGAGAUGCCUGGACGAGGGAUACAAGCAGUAUUGCCAUUGCAUAUGAGCGAAAAUCAGGGGCUCUACUUGAAAGUGAUAAAAUAAAAAUAAUGAUAAAGCACGAAAACGAACGCUUAGGCUAAUUAGGCUGAACUUUAAACUAUAUAGUUGUAAUAACGAGAGCUGUUGAAUUUAUUUUUUUGUACAGUCUUUUUAUACCGUUAGAAGUAAGCAUUACCCGAGAAUAAUUAUACUUUUUUUUAGUUGUAAUGCGUUAGAGAAAUGUAUUAAGUCACUUGUUACUUAUGCCGAGUCAGCCGAUAAAGCAAUUGAACUCGACUGCAAUUAGAAAAGUUUCAGAAUCGUUUGACUAUUUUUCUAAAAAAUAGUUUGACUAAACUAAUCGCCGAGUAGAAAGCGCGAAUCUAUUGACGAAAUUGUUGUAUACGCUGAAUGAAAAACUAAUCAGUGUUUUUUACAUAAGGUUCUUGUAUACUUUCGAAAUUUUUGUCAAUGAAAAAUGUAUGAUGAACCCUAGUAGACAUUUUCAACAUGAUUAAUAAAACAUAACCAUUUGGAUUUUUUAAAAUAGACUUGUUUUUGAAGAGUUUUUUGUCUCGAUUAUGUUAGAUAUAUUAGCUCCAUUUAAAUGCCUUGAAAAUAACAAUUAAAUAUUUUCAAAAAA